AAGGAGGAUGAAGACUUUUUUUGGGGGAACAGUGGAAGAACAAGAUGGCUGUUACGGGACCAGGAAAAUAUUUUAGUUUUAUCACUUAAAGACGGCAUUUUUAUGCGACGCUCCGUUUAAUGUUGCUUUAAAAACAACGCUCGUAGCCUACAAGUCACCAGUUUAUAACAAAAGGGCAGUUUUUGAGUCGCUCGAGGAGAAGUUGUAAAGGUUUUGAUGAGAGCGCUUCAGCAGCUCUAAAGUUUUUCAUUCUUUCGGGCUGUAGAGGCUUCAUGUUUCUGAUGACUGGCUCUCUAUAAACAGCUGAUUGCACCAUGAGCUCAUCUCGAGUGCGACCCCAGCAGCUGCCGCAGAGCCAGCCCGGCCCCGGCGAGGGGAUAGAGAUGGAGAACAUCAUCCAGCACCAGGACCUGGGUGUCGGGGGAGCCACCCCGUCCCCUCCGUCCAGGCAGGCGUGGAGCCGGGACAACCCGGGCUUUGAGCCGGAGGAGGAGAUCAUGGAGGCGGACUGGCCCCAGGCGAGCCCCGGGCGGAGGUCGGUGUCCACGGCCUCCAGCAGCAGCUGCAGCAGCGGCCUGGGCAGCUACCACCACCGGGGCAGCAGCGCCCACAUGUCCCGGGCAGGACUGUACCCGACCCCGCCUGCAGACCAGCAGCAGCAGGGCAGGCAGGAGCAGCCCGGCUGCAUGAAGCUCAUUCUGCACAAAAUCAGAGUUCUGUGGGGCACAGAGCUGAUGGAGGAUGGCGACAGCAGCCGAGAAAUGUACCUCAGGAACAUCCUGAGAGAGAUGCUCACGUAUAUUGCCUUUCUCAUCACCAUUAGUAUCUUGACUUAUGGGAUGGUGAGUACCAAUAUGUACUACUACACCAAAGUCAUGUCUCAGCUUUUCCUCGACACACCGCUAUCUGCUGGGGACCCCACUACUUUCAGGAGCCUGUCAACCAUGGAGGAUUUCUGGAAGUUUACACAAGGGCCCUUUCUCAGUGGCAUGUACUGGGAGGUGUGGUACAACAAUAAGAGCCUGCCAGAGAAUCAGAGUUUCAUCUACUAUGAAAACCUCCUACUCGGUGUGCCACGGCUCCGGCAAAUAAAAGUCCGCAAUGAGUCCUGCUCCAUCCACGAGGAUUUAAGGGAUGAGGUCCAGGACUGCUAUAACAUAUACACGCCAAGCAACGAGGAUACCACCUCCUUUGGCCCAAAGAAUAGAACAGCGUGGAUGUACACCACAGAGAGUGAGAUGAACGGCAGCAGUCACUGGGGUCAGGUGUCAAAAUAUGGAGGUGGGGGAUACUACCAAGACUUAUCUCGUACCAAGGAGGAAUCAGCCUUCCAAUUGCAGUUUCUCAAAGAUCACUUGUGGCUGGACAGAGGCACGCGAGCAGUUUUCCUCGACUUCUCUGUGUACAAUGGAAACAUAAAUCUUUUCUGCAUCGCCAGGUUGUUGGUGGAAUUCCCCGCUACUGGUGGGGUGGUAACUUCUUGGCAGUUCCAAACGGUGCGCCUGAUCAGAUAUGUGUCCAGCUGGGACUACUUUGUUGCCGUGUGUGAAGUGGCCUUCUGCCUCUUCAUCCUCUACUACGUGGUGGAGGAGGUGCUGGAAAUCCACGUCCACCGACUGCACUACUUCAAGAGCUUGUGGAACUGCCUUGAUGUUCUCAUCCUUGUGUUGAGUAUCGUUGCCAUUAUCAUGAGCAUAGCCAGAACAGCCAUGGCCAGAAACUUGCUCUCAGGACUGUUGGAGAACUACACUUCCCACCCUAGUUUUGAGCCUUUGGCCAACCUGCAGGUCCAGUUUAACAACAUGGCUGCGGUUAUUGUCUUCUUUUCCUGGGUCAAGCUUUUCAAGUUUAUCAAUUUCAAUAAAACCAUGAGUCAGUUGUCCAGCACUAUGUCUCGCUGUGCCAAGGACCUUGUGGGUUUUGCCAUCAUGUUCUUCAUCAUCUUCCUGGCAUAUGCUCAGCUGGCCUACUUGGUAUUUGGAACGCAAGUUAACGAUUUCAGCACUUUCCAAGCCAGCAUAUUUACCCAGUUCCGUAUCAUCUUGGGAGACUUUAACUUCUCAGAGAUCGAGGAAGCGAAUCCAGUGCUUGGACCUAUUUACUUUACUACAUUUGUAUUCUUCAUUUUCUUUAUUCUUAUGAACAUGUUCCUGGCUAUCAUCAAUGACACGUACUCCGAGGUGAAGGCUGACAUGUCCCAGCACAGAUCUGAGAUGGAAAUGACCGAUCUUAUUAAGAAGGGUUGUAACAAAGCUUUAAUGAAGUUAAGACUGAAGAAAACGGCAGUAGAUGACAUCUCAGACAGUUUGCGUCAAGCAGGAGGGAAAAUGAACUUUGAUGAACUCCGUCAGGAUCUCAAAGGAAAGGGCCACACGGAUGCAGAGAUUCAGGCCAUCUUUGCCAAGUACGAUCAAGAUGGCGAUCCAGAACUGACAGAGCAUGAGCACCAGCAAAUGCGAGACGACCUAGAAAGAGAAAGAGAGGACUUGGAUCUGGAACGCAAUUCGCUGACUCGACCCAACAGCGGGCGAAGCUUUCCUCGUACGCAGGACGACUCGGAAGAGGAUGAUGAUGAGGAUUCCGGUCAUAGUUCCCGACGCCGUGGCAGCAGCUCAGGGGGUGUCUCAUAUGAGGAGUUUCAAGUCCUGGUGAGGCGUGUGGACAGGAUGGAGCACUCUAUCGGCAGUAUUGUGUCCAAAAUAGACGCAGUGAUUGUGAAGCUGGAAGGCAUGGAGAGAGCAAAACUUAAAAGGAGAGACGUGCUGGUCCGGCUGCUGGACGGAGUCAUGGAGGAUGAGCGUAUGGGACGGGACCCGGACGUCCACAGGGAGCAGAUGGAGAGGCUUGUGAGGGAGGAGCUGGAGCGCUGGGAGUCUGAUGACAUGGUCUCGCAGGUCAGCCAUCCUCAGCCGACCACUCCCGUCGGCCCGCGGCCCCGCCCCCCCUCCUCUCUCUCCACCGACGGCCUCGACACAACCACAAAUGGAGGAAGCCACGUGUGAAGAGUCCACUCUGUAAAGAAACUUUUGGAAAAUUCACCUCAGCCGGACAGGACUGGACAGGACAGGAAACUUGAGAUGUUGGAAUUUUUUACAUAAAGCAAAACAAACAAAAAAAACCUUUUUGAAGAUGUCCACACUACUUGCCAUAUUAGAAAGGAAAAGACAAAAUUCAUCAUCUUGUUUUGAUUACUUUAAUGCGCCGAAAGUGAGUGGAAAUAAGGGUAAAUCAUUUUUUUAUUCUUUCCCAUCCAAGAAAUAUGUUUGAUUUUAAACAGAAGAAUAUGUAUAAAAUGAAGAAUAACAGACUUUUACUACAUCACAAUAAGAAACACGUAUACCAGCAAGCACAUUCAAUGUUUUAUAAAGAAUCCAGUGUACAAAUUUUACUCUAUACAAGAAAAAAGUGAAAACGCUCACCUGCUUGUUAAGUGCAUCCACACAUCCUAUCAUUUACAGGAAUACUUGAGGCAUUUUAAUCAACAUUAAUUUUGCUGAUUACUUUUUAUCAUCCUUUUAAUAAACAGUAGGUACAUGCAUGGUACAUACUUCUGUCAUAUUUACUCAGCUUCCAUACAUCAAUUAAGCUUGAGAUUAAUUAGCUUAUGAUUUAUUGAUACAUAUUGUAACUUGAAACAAACUUCGAUUUGGAGUGCAUUUAGUGUUCAUGGGAAACCCAUGCAUCUAUUAUUAUAUUUUUCCCCUGUACUUAAUUUUUUACAGUCUUUGCAAUCUUUUUUUUAAUCUGUUGUGCCAAAUAAAAUGUUAUGAAGUA